AUGAACUUUCUAUCCGAAAACUCCAACGAUUCCCUCUCUCUAGGGAAAUUGCGCGAUACUCUUAUUCGACUUGAAGAUACCAUUAUAUUUGCCUUGAUAGAAAGAGCGCAAUUCGCGCGUAAUGUUUCUAUCUACAAGCCGGGAAUUUUUAAGUAUGAAGGAAGUGAUGAUUUUAAUGGAAGUUUCUUGGAAUUCUUUUUAGGAGAGUCGGAAAAAGUGCACGCAAAGGUUAGAAGGUACCAGAGUCCCGAUGAAUAUCCAUUCACGGGACCUCUGCCCGAGCCAGUCCUUCCACCUCUAAAUUAUCCUAAAAUUCUUAAACCAAAUAACAUCAACGUCAACGACAAAAUAAUGAAAUUUUAUCUCGAAAAUAUCAUUCCGACUUUGUGCGCUGAUGGGGAAGAUCAAAAUUUUGGUUCUUCUGCAACUAGAGAUGUCGCAUGUCUACAGGCCUUAUCACAAAGAAUUCACUAUGGAAAAUUUGUCGCUGAGGCAAAGUUCCAAGAUCAAAAACUUCAGCCAAAAUACAUCGAGUACAUAAAGUCUCGUGAUUCAGAAGCUAUCGAAGCUUUAUUGACCAACAAAAAGGUUGAAGAAUCCUUGUUGAAACGACUUAGACGUAAGGCACUUACCUAUGGUCAAGAUAUCACUGAAUCUGGGGGUUUAAAUUUAGACAUUGAAAAUACCUCGCGAUGUUUGAAGAUUAACGUCGAUGUAGUGGUUGAGUUGUAUGAGAAAUGGGUGAUUCCUUUGACCAAGGAAGUGGAAGUCAUCUAUCUUCUGGAACGACUUGAUGAAUAA